AUGGCUCCUUCCAUAGACCCAUCCUCAAAUACACAGGCUUCGGCCUUGGAAGACGUUUCCAAAGUCAAGUCGGCCCUUCUUUCCGCCGACAGCUCUUCCCAACCAAGUCGCUCUUCCCAACCAACUCGCUCUCACACUCCCAUCGACCACAUCAUUGCCAACAAUGCCGGCUACACUGACACCGUCUUCGAGGGCAAGGCCGACCAGGCUGCUCAGGUCAAGCAACUCCUUUCCAGCAAAGGCUUCAUGCCUCCUCAUCUCGUCACCGCCGAGGUCGAUUGGUUCUACCAAAACCUUGGAAUUGACGACACCUACUUUGCUCUCGAGAGCGUAGAGACUAUUGCCGACCACAUUCUCGCCCUUUUCGGUGCCAAGAUCAUGGCCUACACAAAGCACUCCAACAGCCUCGACAUUGACCUCGAAAAGGAGUCCGACAACGGCGCUGUCUUCAUUCACUCGUCCCAGGCCGGCAAGUCCCAAGCUCAGGGUCCCCAGUGGGAGCGUCGCAUCGACGCAAACUACCUCGACAAGUCCUCCGUCGACAAGGCCUACCGUCUCGAGACCUACCGCUCUGCCGGUUCCGUCUCGGCUCAGUCCCAGCAGCAGCUUCGAUGCUACUUCUUGGCCAAGUGCAACUUUGUUGAGCCCCCUCCCGCUCCUCACUCGCCCAGCUUUGGUGACAUUCGUGCUGUAUCCGACAAGACCUUCCUCACCAAGGCCAGCGACAACACUCUCGACAUCUACCAGAGCAUCAUGGACCAAGUUCUCCGCCGACAAGGCCCUGUCAUCGAGAUGUUUGAGGUCGAGGGUAGCCGAGAGCGUCGAAUCGUCAUCGGUUACCGCAUGGGUACCACAAACAGCUUCUUCAGCGCCCUUUCCGACCUCUACCACUUUUACGGUCUCUUCUCCUCCCGUAAGUACGUCGAGCACUUCUCCAACAACGUCACUAUCAUCUCGAUCUACCUCAACCCUCUCCCAGCUUCCAACAGCCCUCCCAUCGAGCACUCGAUCCACCAGGUCAUGAAGGAGGCUUCCCUCAUCUACGUCCUUCCUGACAACCCCUUCUUCCAGCCUGCUCUCGCUGAAAACACACAUGCCGUUCAAGAAGCCACCUACGCCUACGUCGGUUGGCUCUUUGCCCAGCACUUUUGUAACCGUCUCGGUCAGGCGUACCAGUCGCUUCGAAACCUCCUCAACGAGAACGACUCGCAGCAGGCUGCCAUCCUCAACGAGAUCAAGCUCCGCUUCCGUGAAGAGACUUUCACCCGUCAGUCGAUUCAGGAAGUCAUUGAGAACCACCCCACCCUCAUCCGACUCCUCUACGUCCAUUUUGCCAACAUUCACUAUCCCGGCGGUGCCGACGACCAGGAGCUCGUACCCACCUUGUCCUACCAACGACUCGUCAAGGAGGAGGUCCUCGACGACAACCAGAUGUACGACCGCAUCCGCAAGGCUGCCAACAACACCCACGAGCGACAGGUCCUCGAGGCUUUCCUCUUCUUCAACAAGGCCGUCCUCAAGACCAACUUCUAUACCCCUACCAAGGUCGCUCUCUCCUUCCGCUUGGACCCUGGCUUCUUGCCCGAAGUCGAAUACCCCGUCAAGCCCUACGGUAUCAUCUUUGUCGUUGGUGCCGAAUUCCGUGGUUUCCACGUCCGCUUCCGUGAUGUUGCCCGUGGUGGUAUCCGCAUCGUCCGUUCCAGGAAUCGCGAAAACUACUCCAUCAACCAACGAACCUUGUUCGACGAAAACUAUGCCCUCGCCUCAACACAGCAUCUCAAGAACAAGGAGAUCCCAGAAGGUGGUGCCAAGGGUACCAUCCUGCCCACCCUCGAUGCCAACCCCAAGCUUACCUUUGAGAAGUACGUUGAUGCCAUCCUUGACUUGCUCAUCAAGGGGCAGACCCCCGGUGUUAAGGAAGAGAUCGUCGACCUUCUCGGCAAGGAGGAGAUCCUCUUCCUCGGCCCCGAUGAGGGUACUGCCGACCUCAUGGAUUUUGCUGCCGAGCACGCUCGCGCUCGCGGCGCGCCAUGGUGGAAGUCGUUCACCACCGGCAAGACCGCCGCCACUCUCGGUGGUGUUCCUCACGACGUCUGGGGUAUGACUUCCCUUUCGGUUCGUCAGUACAUCAUCGGCAUCUACAGGAUGCUCGGCCUCAAGGAGCAGGAAGUCACCAAGGUUCAGACCGGUGGUCCCGAUGGUGAUCUCGGUUCCAACGAGAUCCUCCUCUCCGUCGACAAGACCCUCGCCAUCAUCGACGGAAGUGGUGUCAUCUACGACCCUGUCGGUCUCAACAGGCCAGAGCUCGUUCGCCUUGCCAAGGCACGAAAGAUGAUCUCUGACUUUGACGCCUCCAUGCUCAGCCCCCAAGGAUACCGCGUUCUCGUCGAGCAGAACGACGUCAAGCUGCCUACUGGAGAGGUCAUCCCCGACGGUAUUGCUUUCCGCAACACUGCCCACCUUCGCUUCAAGGCCGACCUCUUUGUUCCUUGCGGUGGUCGUCCUGAGGCCAUCAACAUCUCCAACGUCAACCAGCUCUUUGACUCGGAUGGAAAGCCCCACUUCAAGUACAUUGUAGAGGGUGCCAACCUCUUCAUCACCCGACAGGCUCGUCUCGAGCUCGAGAAGCGCGGUGCCAUCCUUUACCCCGACGCCUCGGCUAACAAGGGUGGUGUCACCUCGUCGUCGCUCGAGGUCCUUUGCGGUCUCUCACUCGAGGACGCCGAGUACGUCGAGUCGAUGCUCUUCAAGGAUGGCAAGCCCACCAACUUCUACCUCUCCUACGUCCGCGAUAUCCAGACCAUCAUUGGCCGCAACGCCCGUGCUGAGUUCGAUGCCAUCUGGCGCGAGAACAUCGAAACUGGCAAGCCUCGAUCCACCAUCUCGACCGAGCUCAGUACCACACUCAACAAGCUUUCCGAGGAGCUCGAGGCCACCGAUCUCUUCUCCAACGAGCAGCUCCGUUCCGCUGUGCUCGGCCAGGUCUUCCCUCUUACCCUUGUCAAGAAGGUCGGUCUCGCCAAGUUGAUCCAGCGCAUCCCCGAGGCCUACGCCCGCUCUGCUUUCGCUGCUAAGGUGGCUGCCAGCUUUGUCUACGCCAAUGGCCCCAACGCCAGUCAUGUUGACUUUUACAAGCACAUUUCGACGCUCUUGUCGCAGCCCACGCCACCGGCUGCACCGGCGCAGCAGUAA